AUGAGUUGUUUUUCAUGUUUCUCAUCCCGUGAAAAGAAAUUAUCCGAAAGGCCUGCCACCGAACAGCACAGAGAGCCGCCGCCUCAGCCACUGCCGCAGCCACCACAUUCACAGCCACAAUUACAAUUACAAUUACAAUUACAAUUACAACAAAAUUCCCAACCGCUGCUUGAAAAUCCUAGAAAGACACAAAAAGAAGCUACAAAUAAUAAGGCUACUGACAAAGGAGGCAACAACAACAUUGCAGCCCAAACUUUCACCUUCCGAGAACUGGCUACAGCAACGAAAAAAUUCAGACAAGAAUGUCUCAUUGGAGAAGGUGGAUUUGGACGAGUUUAUAAAGGUCAUCUUGAUAAAACAGGACAGAUUGUAGCUGUGAAGCAACUCGACCGUAAUGGACUACAAGGAAACAAAGAAUUUCUUGUGGAGGUUUUGAUGCUGAGCCUUUUACACCACCAGCAUUUGCCUUACAGGCGGAACCGAUAUAAAACUUUUGUUACAGCCUUACAGGCGGAACCGAUAUUCAAGGAACAGAAUAGAUUCUCAGAAUUGGUCGAUCCACUGCUAAAAGAAGAUUUCCCAAAGAAAAGCUUCAAUCAAGCAGUUGCUGUUGCAGCCAUGUGUCUUCAAGAUGAAUCAUCUAUCCGGCCAUUAAUGAGCGAUGUUGUAACCGCGCUUAGUUAUCUUGGAACUGGACCUGAAACGGGAAUGGCUUCGGCUAUUCUCUCUCCUUCUCCAGGUCAUUCUCCUCGGAACAACGAAAUUACAGUGGAUGAGAGCAGUUGCAGAAGCCACAGAAUUGGGCUCGAAUUCAAGAAACAAUACGAAAAAACUUAUCUGAUAUUCCGUGGUUUUUCAUUUUCGUUACGUCAACAUGAGUAA